AUGCUGUCGGUUAAAAAAGUGUCCCAAAAGAUUCGUUUUUCUUUUGUUUUCAGAUUGUUGGCAGGAAAAGAGAACAUAGAGCUGUCGUUGGCUCGUCCACUUUCCUCCACACCCUCGCCUCCCGGCCGGUUGCAGAUCUACUGGCCUGAGGCCAGCCUGCCACAGCCAGCCGCAUUCACACUCUUCCCGAAUACCAGUUUGUCUCUUCAUCAGUUGAUAGGCUGUGAGCACCACAGCUGUGUGGAGGCAGUUACGAUGAUUGCCGGGAAUGCAAGAAGUGGAGGAGGGCGUCAGUUUGGAGGAGCCUCGACGAUCCGUUUGAUGCGUGCCAGUCGAGAGCUGAGCCAGCUGGCCCGGAGUCACAUGAGACUUCAUAUUGCGGUACCACUACCGACGACUACUGACGGCCGACCAGUUACGGCUAACUUUGCCCGACCUGAUGAGGAUGCUUUCAGUGAUUCAGGCCAGAGUCUAUCACGACUGUCCAAGACCCGGCAUGUUGGAGUGGACGAGACGAGGAGGCAGGAAAAGUACAGCGGCCAGCUGAAUAUUCACCGGUCCCAAAGGGGCCAAGCUGAGAGUUCUGGAGUGGACACCUACGAAUCAGCUUUGGACAACUAUACUGUGAAUUUGCAGAGCCCAGAUGGCUCGAGUAGAGAUAACGAGCAGGUUUUUCUGACCCCCGAGGGCAAUUGCUUGACCGACUUUCAGCGGAGAACGGUGGAACAACAGCAGAGGUCUGAGGUAUCGAGUGGACAGGAGCAUAGAAGAGGGGAGGAGAGGCCAUCCUCGGCCAUGUAUAAUCAAUACAAGCAAAGUGAAAAAGAGGAUAGUGAUGAGAUGGAGAGUGUGAACUUGGAAGAAUUUAAUGAUGUAAUUCAGCAUAUUGGAAUAAUGUAUUAG